AACGUGCUCGGUGAUGGAGAGAGAGCGGUGGGUGGCAGUGGCGAUGCUCUUCGGUUUGAUCUGCGACGUUUAUCUCGUCACAGUUUCAGCAGAUGUAGGCACAGCUACGUCAUACGAUCCUCCAUAUCUUCCGACGAAAUGCCCGGGCUACACCGAGGAUCAACUGCCGGAGAAUGGGCUUUUCGUGGCAGCAGGCAAUGGCAUGUGGGACAACGGCGCUGCCUGCGGCAGAAAGUACCAGCUCCGGUGCCUCAGCGGCCUCAGGCGGCCAUGCAAGGACGGCUCCAUCGUCGUCCAAGUGGUGGAUUUCUGCAGAGUCAGCCCGUGUCCUUCGACCCUCGUCUUGUCGAACAGAGCCUUCGACGCUGUUUCCAAGAUUCCAAACACAAAAAUCAAUGUCGAAUACGCACAAAUAUGAUCCGGUGGUCAACGUAAGCAGUUCGGCGAAGCAGCAGCAGAAUGCAUGGCAGAAACGUAGAAGGAAGCAUUGUCGAACACAGCUCUAUCUAAACUUAACGAAAGUACCAUAAGAUUAUUUUGACAUUAAUGAUAACGAAUAUAAAUAAUCUAA